AUGGCCAAUAGCAACUACCAGCGUGCUCACGUAGGAGAUACCUUGGUCAUCGUAUGCCUCUGUCUUGGGUUUCUCCUGUCUCCUGACCACACUACUGCUUUACGAGACAUCACGCCUGCACAGCAAUAUGCCAGUUCUAGCGAGACUCUUGGCGCCUUUUCACCACAACUUGUAACCGUUAUCGAAAAUCACGGAAACGAGAGCGUAAGGUCGUUAGAAGUCGCUGUUCGUGAAGCCGCCGCUGCGGACGCAGAAGCCGCCAAAGCUUUAGCGGAAUACGAAGAUGCGAAGAAGUUUCUCGAAGAAAAGAAGAGGGACGCGGAGGGAAUGAGCGCGGAAGUGUCUAGAGUGCGCAUGCAGGCGGAGGAAAUGGCGUUUGACCGCGCCGUCAUGACCGCGGACGUUGCGGAACUAACGGAGCGGGCGCGGAAACGAUCCGCGGACCUGAAGCGUGCGGAAGAGGUGGCGGAAAAAACUGGAGCAUUAGCCGCAGGCAAGCGGAAGGUGGCGGAUGUAGCAUCCGCCGCAGCGGGCGAAGCAGCGCGGUUGGCGGAAGCCGCCGGCACGGCGGAAGCGCAGCUGUCGCUCGAGCGGGCGAGAUCCGAGCGCGCGGCAACAGUGCGCGCAGCAGAGGAGGCGGAAGCGAUGGCGGAAGAAGCCAAGGAGAACGCACAGGAUGCGUGGGAAGCUUAUUCGCAGGAAGAAUCCGACUUGGAACUUUCUGUGGUUGACAUUGAAUCGGAGGAGAACUAUAUCGAGGAUUUAAAUUCCGCGGCAUCUCGCCUUGAGGAGGAGUAUCGGAAGAGUGUGACUGCAGUGGAUGUCGCUAAAGCGAAGGUGGCAGAACUGAAGGGUCUGGCAGAGGAGAAGGUGGCGCGUGCAAAGGCGAUGCGCGCUGCUCUGAGGAAAGGCGGGAAGACGAACGGCCGAGAUGGAACGACAGCUUCGCAAUAG